AUGCUCGGCUCCACAGUCGAUACUACCGUGAAUCAAUGGUCGCUGAAUCCUCUUGUUUCACUCGCCACUUCGAUCUGCACGGGUUCCUAUCUUCUAUGGAGACUCUGGAGCUUCACCGUAAAGCCCUGGUUGCGGCCGGAUGAACCAAAGCCAUUGCCAUAUUGGAACCCCUUUCUCGGAGAGCCCUUCACACUCAGGCUUGGGUCGAAAAAGAUGAUCAUACUAACAGACAACCGGGAUAUCGCCACCACAUGGAGAGAUACAGCGGCGCUGACUUUCGACCCGUUUGUACAGCAGUUUAUGAUCACUCUCGAUAUAUCAAAGAAAACCCAAGAAACCUUGUUUCGAGAGAACUCAACAUCUAUGGUGCAAGGAGAGAACAAGUCCGCCUCGCUCUUGGUCAAGGAAAAUCCUAUGCAUCAUGCAUUCUACCACCUCCAGAUGGAAUGGGUGAAGCAACAAUUAUCCGGAAAUAUGCUUGCAGAUAUUGGUGACAACUUAUUAGGUUACAUCAAUCAAUCCCUUCGUCUAGCCCGAUUUUCUACCAACCUUCAUUCACUCAUCAACACGUUACUCAAAAUCCGCGUCCCUGAAACAUUGGGGGUUGAUCCGCGCUUCCUGGAAUACUACUUCGGCUUCGAGGAAGCCGCAUGGAAGAUGUUUUAUCAGUAUCCGAGGCUCCUACCAGGAGACCUAUAUGGCGCCGCCAAGAGUAUACUGAGCACCAUGACCAAUUUUAACGAUAUUCUGCAGACAGACGGUUUGGACAUGGUGUGGAUGUUCAGAACGAUAGAAUUGGAGAUGCGGCAGCUCGAUUUGCCAUCGCGUGAUAUCGCUAUCAUGUCAUCCAUGCUGUUCUGGGGCAGCAACAACAACGCCCACACAAUCUGCUUCUGGACAAUCUCCCACAUCAUCACCUCAUCCAAAGCGUGCUCGCCCUCCGGCUCUGUCGACCUUACCAUCCUAACCAACCACUGCCCUCAGCUAGAUGCAAUCUGGCACGAAGUACUGCGCCUUUACACCGCUGUAUCCCUCAUCCGCAUCGCCAUCCAAAAGACAUCUAUCAACAGCAAGGCCAUCAACAAAGGCGAUCAAGUAAUGUCUCCCUUCCGCCAAUUCCAGCUGAACCGCGAACUCUUUGGCUCGGAUGCCACCGAGUUUCACCCCGAGAGGUUUCUCAAGGACAAAAAGCUGGCGAAUCAGAAGGGUUAUCAUCCUCUUGGUGGCGGGAAUACGUACCGUCCUGGUCGAUUCUUGGCCAAGCAGGAGGUCUAUACUCUGGUUGCUUUGAUGCUUUACCGUUUUGAUAUCGAUGUUGAGGAUGGUAGUUUGCCGACGGUUAAUGCAGCGGAGCCGAGUCUGGGGGCUAUGCGCCCGAUUGGUAAUAUCAGAGUCAAAGUGAGCGAGAGAAAGCUGUAG